AUGGAAGCCACUGAUAUGGCACGUCAUCAACAAGUUUCAUUGGUUAUACGCUACGUUGAUGAUGAAUUCAAUGUUUACGAAUGUUUUAAGGAUUUUGGACGCGCUUCUGAUACAACAGAUGAAAUGGAUAUUGCAGAAGCUGUUGUACAUGUUCGAGAUAGUUCUGACGCUGUUAAAUGUUUGUACAACUUAACUGAAGCAUCAACAAAAUGUCAUAAAAUGUUUGAAGAUUUACAAAAAAAAGUAGGUGUUGUAUCAGUACCAUUGAAACAGUCAUUCGAUACUCGAUGGAUUUGUCGAUAUGAAAGGGUUAUCACAUGCUUGAGAUAUCGUCAGAAAACUGGACAAAACAAAAAGUUGAAGAUUUAUGUUUUAAAUGCUCGACCAGUCGAAGAGAUCGUCAUCGAGAAGCCGUCGGAUGAAUCGGCUCAAUCUUAUCAAACAAACUCACGCAUGGCACUAGCUAAUCAAUAA